UGUAUUUGUAUCUCUCACUCUUUAUUAAUUUCCUCUAUCUUCUUCUUAUUUGCUUGUUAAUAAGAAUUAUAUUAUUCUCCUAAUGGCAAGAAUAAUGUCAUCAGAGCCUUUAAUUGUAGGGAGAGUGGUAGGAGAUGUUCUUGAUCCAUUCAAUGCAAGCAUAAGGAUGAGUGUUAGUUAUGGGAACAGGCAAGUGUACAAUGGCCAUGAGUUCUUCCCCUCCACAGUCACCUUCAAGCCCAAGGUUGAGAUUGGUGGAACUGAAUUGAGGCCCUUCUUUACACUGGUCAUGACUGAUCCGGAUGUUCCUGGCCCUAGUGAUCCUUAUCUCAGAGAGCACUUGCAUUGGAUAGUUACAGACAUUCCAGGCACAACAGAUGCCACAUUUGGUAGGUCUCUCAUUCCUCUUUUGAUAUCUAUGGACACUACAAGACUGAGAAAUAAUAAUAAUGAUGUUGAUGUAUUUAAUUAUUUGUUUUGGGAUCACUUCAACACCCGCACUUUCGCCGCCGAUAACGACCUCGGCCUCCCCGUCGCUGCCGUCUACUUCAAUGCUCAGAGGGAAACCGCUGCCAGGAGGCGUUAAUUAAUUAAUUAAGAAGUAGCUAGAGAUCCAAGUGUGUCUGAAUGAAAAAUAAUUUACUUGUGUUGCAGAAAAAAGGGAAUCAUUUCUUUUUUGACUAUCAUGUAUGUAUGUAUGUAUGUAUGUAUGUAUGUAGAAGGGUUACUUUUUCAUUAUCACAUAUAU